AUGGUCACCCAGUCUGCGUUUAGCCUCCCCAGUGUAAUGGAGACCGAAUUGGGAGCAGUGAAUACAGUAGGCCAAUUUGAAGGAGAUGCAAGCAAAGCUCUGCCUCAUCUGAAAGGAGUGUCUGGGGCCAUGAACGGUGAGGAGGGACGUGGUAAAGGAAUUGUGACUGUCCAAAGUAGCUCAGAGAUCGACAAGGACAAGAUGCUAGGAGAAGUGGCAAGCAAGCUGUACAUGGACGGCUUCCGCAGUUUGAAAGAGGGAGAGCCGGUGGAGUUUACGUUUAAGAAAUCUUCCAAAGGUCUGGAAUCAAUAUGGGUAACAGGCCCGGGUGGCACCUCCUGCAUCGGGAGUGAAAGGAGGCCUAAAGGGAAGAAUGUGCAAAAGCGAAGGCCCAAGGGAGACAGAUGCUAUAAUUGUGGCGGUUUGGAUCAUCAUGCCAAGGAAUGUAAAUUAGCCCCCCAGCCUAAGAAGUGCCAUUAUUGCCAAAGCAUCGGCCACAUGGUGGCCAACUGCACAAUCAAAGCUGCCCAGCAACAGCAAUCCACCAGUUCUCAGGGAUGGCAGGAAAGCAAACCAGCGACAGGGCCCUUGACAUCCUCCCCCUCACCCACCACACCGCAAGAGGUGGGAGGAGAGCACAGCACGGCCCUACUCUUGGAGGAGACGGGGGAGCACUUGGAAAAGCUGCUUCCGGAAAGUUACGACAGUGGCCUGCAAGAGUUCGCCGAGGAGCCGAGCAAGCAAGAUUCGAGUUUGCAGAAAAGAAAAACGACCUGA